AUGGAUUAUGGUGUACCUGAACAAAACGUCGCCGUUUACGGCGAUGAGGAACCGCAGUAUGAAGGACAUUACGAGGCAGAAGAGGGAAACUACGAUUCAAUUGAUAACAUAGAUGAUAGUGCAGGCAUAAAGCACGAUUCUUCGUCGUCUGCAGGAAAACUUUUCGUUGGAGGCAUUGCUUGGGAGACUUCGGAAGGGAAGUAUGGAGAAAUUACAGAUUCUGUAAUAAUGUUGGAUAAAAUCUCUGGAAGACCUCGUGGUUUCGGAUUUGUAACAUUUGCUGAUCCAGAAGUUGCUGACAAAGUUUUACAGGAAGACCAUGUCAUUGAUGGCAGAGCGGUAGAAGUAAAGAGAACAGUUCCUAGAGAGGACAUGCAAGGCAGAGGAGUAUCAAGGACAAAGAAAAUAUUUGUCGGUGGUCUCCCAUUGUCAUUAAAUGAAGAUGACUUGAGGGAAUACUUCUCUUCUUAUGGUAACAUUGUGGAGCACCAAAUUAUGCUGGAUCAUAAAACUGGUCGGUCCAGGGGAUUUGGAUUUGUAACCUUUGAGAAUGAAGAUGCUGUUGAAAAGAUAUUCUCUGAUGGUCGAAUGCAUGAACUUGGUGGAAAGCAAGUUGAGAUAAAGAGGGCUGAGCCGAAAAGAUCUGGUUUCGAUCAUUCAUCUGAAAGUCGGCUUCGUCGUGGUGGCAGUAGUUCAAAAGCUUCUGGCAGCUUUGCUGGUGGUUCAGAAGGUUUUGGUGGUGGUUAUGGUGGUAAAAUGGGUAGAGGCUAUGGCGGUUAUGGUGGCUAUGGAGGGUAUGGGGGUUAUGGAAACUUCCCUGGAAAUUAUGCUGGUGGGGCUGCAGGAUUUUAUGCAGGGUAUGGUGGAUACGGGUACGGUUAUGGAUUUGGCGGGCCCAUGUAUAGUGGUGGUGCAUAUGGAGGUGGUGGUUUUGGAGCUCCUGUAGGUUACGGGGGAGCUGCUGGUUAUGGUGUAGGUAAAGGAUAUACCGGAGCUGGUGGUGGUUAUGAUGGUGGUAAAGGCUUUGGAGGUGGUGGCAAUGGUGGUGGAGGAUAUGGCCCUGCAAAAGGGUAUGGUGGUGGUGGUGUUGGCGGCGGUGGUGGUGGCGGCGGCUACGGAAGCGGUAAGGGGUAUGGGAACGGUAAUGCCCCUAGUGGAAGGUUCCAUCCGUACCGAAAGUGACGAUUUCUGCUGAUCUCUAGGCAUAGAUGUUUAAUUUUUGGUGAAAGUGUAGUAGUGAUUGUGCCAAGUAAAGUUGCCUUUUUUUCAUUUUCAUGAAUCUUAAUCCUUUGUUUAACUGUGCUCUGGAACCACUGGAUGGUUGUAUGUCUGGUCCUGAGAUAACUAAGCUGCUCCUUGUCUUUGCAAGAUCAGUGAUGCUUAUAACAUCUCAUCAUUUGUUAUCCUUAUAAUUGGCUACUUCUGUUUGAGGGAAGCUUCUCAUGAUGUUUGAUUAGUGGUUCUGUAACUUGGAUUCACAUAAAAUUUUGCUCA